AUGGCCUUUAAUGGUUGGGUAAUGGACUGUUCUAACCCUUUAAAUAAUUUUGCUGAAUUUCCUUCACAAGUUUAUUUGCGAAGAGAAUUAAUUUGUUGGGGGGAUUCUGUGAAAUUAAAUUAUGGAAAUUCAAAAGAAGAUUGCCCGUUUUUGUGGAAUUAUAUGGAAAAUUAUACUAUUAAAUGUACAAAAAUUUUUAAUGGUUUAAGAAUUGAUAAUUGCCAUUCGACACCUAUAUAUGUGGCUGAGCAUCUCUUAAAAAUUGCUCGAAAUGUACGUAAAGAUUUAUAUGUAGUAGCAGAAUUAUUUACUGGAAAUGAACAUUUGGAUAAUAUUUUUGUUAAUCGUUUGGGGAUAAGUUCAUUAAUUAGAGAGGCUCAAAACGCUCAUAACUGUCAUGAACAAGGCAGAUUUGUUUAUCGUUAUGGAGGAGAUCCUGUUGGGGCGUUUCAUCCAAAAUCUGUUCGCCCUGCUCCAUGGGAUGUAGCUCAUGCAUUGUUUUAUGAUCAAACACAUGAUAAUCCGUCACCGAUACAGAAGCGUACAGUUUAUGAUUCCCUUCCAACAGCAGCAAUGUGUGCAGCUACUUGUUGUGCUACUGGAACAGUUAGAGGAUAUGAUGAAUUCUAUUCAAAACAUAUUGAUGUUGUUAACGAGACUAGGCUAUAUCGUAAAUGGGCGGAAAAUAAUUUUGAGGAAGCUAUGUUUAAGGCUAGAAGAAUUAUUAAUGAGCUUCACUAUAGCCUUUGGAAUGAUGGAUAUACUCAAACUUUUGUUGAUCAAAUAAAUGAAGAUAUUACAGCUAUAACCCGUCACAAUCCAACAAAUAAUGAAUCAAUUUUGUUAAUAGCUAAUACUUGUUUUUCAACAUUUAAAUGGACUCCUACAAAUUACAAAGCAAUUCUAAUCGAUGGAAAAAUUGAAAAAAUAUUAUUUGAACUUAAAACUGUUGAAAAAGUAAAUUUUUUUAUUUUUUAA